AUGAUAUAUCAUUUAUUUAUGAGAUUAUUACUCCCAAUAUUUGAAGAUUUAUUUGCUGUUAUAUGUUCACAAAAUCAAGACAAAAAAGGUAAUCCACUUGAUGCUGAUCUUAAAUAUAAACUUGAUCGUUAUCAUGUUCAAAUGAAGAAAGCUAGCAAGGGAAAAGCUGGUCCCAAGGGAAAUUUUCAAUUUCUUGUAUGA